GUGACUGUGCUACUUCAGUGUUUCAGUGAUACGGACAGAGAAGAUGUGGAAGUCACUGAGCGUCUCUUACAUGACAUAAAUGAUUAUAACCGACACUUUUCCGGAGAGCAGAGAUCGUGGCUGGAAUACUUUUGGGACCUCCCCACCCUACUGCGGCAUGCGGGCUCGGAGUUCUUCUCUGUGGGAGGCCUGAUGUACAUGUUCCGCCUGCGCAUCUUUUUGUGCUUCGUGGCUGCCAUCAUGUACCUCAUCUCGCCUCUUGACAUGAUCCCAGAAGCUGUGUUCGGCAUCCUAGGACUCCUAGACGACAUGUUUGUGGUGCUCUUGCUGGCCAUCUACGUGACUGUGAUAUAUAGACGCUUUCUGGCCACCAGGUGGCAGAAUGCGUAACUCUCCUUCCCCACCCUGUUGUAGUUCCCGACCGACCCAACAGCGACACACCAAAUCGAAAUAUUGAAGGGCAAGAUUGGUGGCCACCACCUGGUGACUUAAUAAAAAAAGGUGUCGACUAAAAUUUAAGCCGAUUCGCCAUUCGGUCGCUACUUUCCCCAACCCCACCUGUCUUAGUGAUUAAUAAUUGCGAUAUCAAUUACUUAUAUUAACCUUUAUUUAAAUUGACUAUUUUUAUAUUUUAGUAGCAGUUAAAAAGCUAAUUUUUUUUGUUUUUGUUUAGAAUAAAAGUGACAACUAGUUGAGACAAACUUAACCUGGCAGCAUUGUGAAGGCUAUGCAUAUCCUGAUCGCAGCUUUAUGUUAGGUUUACCCCAACUACAGAAACAAAGGAGUAGCAACGAAUAAAUUUGCUUCAACUCUUCACUUUCGACCAGAAAAAAUUCCCAAUUGUGAUCUUUAUGAAGCAUCUGCCUUGCAGUCUCCAUUGUAUGUGCUAAACAUUUUACUGCCAACUUUUAGUUCAUUCAGCUUUUUGGUUCAACUUCCUCAAUAGGAUUUUAAGGUCCAUUUGCAAGUUUCGUCCUCAGAGACGAUCAUGAUCUCUUAUUGCAGUGGUUAUCAGAGUUUGAUGAUUCAAAAAAAAAAAAAAAAAAAACAGAGCUGUGAAGUAUUUUCUUAAUCCCAUCCCCCUCGUAAAAU